AUGGAGGGAGGGGGAGGGCUUGGGCUGGGCCUACCUAUCCCGAUAGGACCUCACAAAGGAACGGGGGCUGUUGAGAGGUUCCAUAUUGCCGAGCCGAAGGGCAGCACUUCUGUACGUGAUCGUAGUAUGUCAUCUCGUCCUCGCUGCAUUGAAAAGUACCUAUGCACUAUUUCCGGUUCACUGAUAAGGAAGAUAGAGUUGGGGUGGGGGUCUACGAUGUGA